AUGGUGACCCUUACCGAGCCCCAGAACAUGCAUCGAGUGCGCGUAGACGAGGCAACGCGCCUCAAGAUGCAAGACUCUCUACGAAGUGCUGCCGAGGCCAUGGAAACGCCGAACGACACGAUGCUCCGCCUGUUCAAUGCGGCUCUUGAAGUUCCGAUGAUCAAGGCCGGUUGCGACAUUGGCCUUUUCAAGACCCUCGUCGCCAGCCAGACGCCGUUGACUCUGGAAGAGAUUGCAAGCGCCACAAACGCAGAGCCGGCCUUUCUCGGGCGCGUUUUGCGCUACUUGGCGGCGACGCGCUUCAUUGCAGAGGCGGGCAAGGAUCAAUUCAGCGCCAAUCUCAGCACGCAGUCGCUUGCGGAUCCUGCCAUUGAGGGCAGCUUGAACUACAUUUUCUCCAUUGCUAUUCCCGCCUACAUGGCCCUCCCCGGGUUCAUGCAGCAGACGAACUUCCAGACCCCUCCCGGCACAAAGUGCGCGUGGCAGCAGUCGGUCAAGACGAACAUGGACUGGUUCCCGUACUACAAGCAGCACCCCGAGCAGCUCGGGUACUUUCAGAAGCUGAUGAGCGUCCCACGCGACGGGGAGUGGUUCGACGUCGUGCCGUUUGCCGAGGAGGCCGCCGACGUCAGCCCAGACCGUGCCCUCUUCGUCGACAUUGGAGGCAGCAUCGGCCACCAAAGCAAGCGGUUGAGACUGAAGUACCCGACUCUUCCCGGCAAGGUCAUUGUCCAGGACCUGCCGGAGACCGUCAACGUGGCCACUCCAGCCGAGGGCGUCGAGUUCAUGGCCUAUGACUUCUUCACGCCUCAGCCCAUCAAAGGCGCCAGAUUUUAUUACAUGCGCACCGUCCUCCAUGACUGGGACGAGGAGAACUCGAUUAAGAUCCUCAAGAAUACGGCCGCUGCCAUGGGCCCCGACUCACAGCUGCUAAUCGAUGAGAUGGCGCUGCCGAAUAAGGACGUGCACUGGUGGUCGGCGUGUUUGGAUUUACACAUGUACACCAUGCUCAACGCAUUGGAGAGGACUGUUGAUCAGUGGCAUGAUUUGCUGGGCAAGGCCGGCCUCAAGCUCGUCGACAUCAGGACAUACGCCUCGGUCAUGAGGAACUCCAUCAUUGUUGCCGAGCGGGUUUGA